AUGAUAAUGGGCUUUCGGGGUCAAGAUAUAACUGUUACUUCGAGGUACUUAACGGAAUGUAAAAAUUUAAAAAUGUUUGCUCGAGCCUGACUAAGAAAAUGGAUUUGAAGUGGCUAAAGAGAAUGGCUCUUAAAAGAGAAAUCAUUUUUUUUCCUUUCUUUGACAAAGUUAACGCCUAUACUACUGAGUAAUUGUGCAAUCCGCCAGUGACCUAUAAUACGUAGCUUGCAACAUGGCCCUUGUAACAUGUGCAACCCUAGAGAAAAUUAUUGAUCUGUUCGUGGAACUAUUUAAUUGUGUAUCACAUUGUCACUAUUAAAACACUAAAAUGAUUGCUUCUACAAAUAUUGAAAUGUUGGAGGCUUCUUACCGUUAGCUGCUGACUGAGGCGGAUUAUCAUUAUGAGAAUUUUUUCUUUUGUUUUUCUUUUACAAUUUUAAUGAUUUCAUGCCGUUUCUUUUUGUCUCUUUGAAAUUCCAAAAAGCCCAGGGCUUACAUUCCGUUUUUCCACUUAAAAAGUAAUCAACAGUCUUGUUAAGCUUUUUCUUUUCUCCCAAACGUUAACUUAGCUCCUUCUUGUAAAGAGAACUGUCCCUGUUAACGUCUGGUUAUUGCAAGCGCAUUUUUUUAAACAUGUCAAUUCUUAUUAUUCCUGGCAUUUUUACAGCAGUAACACGCCUAAGUUUUCUAAUACUCUGCUUUUCUCUUUUGUUGCCAAUUGUCUGAUAAAAAUCUAAAGACUACCUUUAUUUGAUAUCGUUCUUGUUUCUCUGUGAUCUUUUCUGCAGGGUAAAUAUGCGGGCUUACGCAAACCGCGGUGAUACACAAAGAUCUUACCCGUGGGAGAGAGAGAAACGUGUCGAAUUGUCCCACAGCUGGGGAGGAGAGGCUUGGGAUAAAGACUAUAAGAGCGACAAAACCCACCUCAUGAAUGGAUUCACACAGCCACAAGGCCCGUCUUGCAAAAAGUACAUCUCUGUAGUUUCCGAAGGAAAUUACUUCAUAGCCUCCAAGGCGCCCCUUCCAGAUCGCAUCGAGCUUCGGAUGUGUGGUACCACAGGGUUUGGGCAAAACAACCGCACUCUGUCCAUACCGGACUUAUACCGCGUCAAGAUGAAACCCAUUCCGGAAGUAUUCGAGGACACGAUAGACGCGGUCCAGGUUCGACGAGAAGAGGUCCAGUUGGAAGGUGCUUGUCCUUUGCACAGCCAUUCUCCGAGAAGUGGUUCUCUAAAGGAGAUGUAUGUGUCACAAUACACGCACCACUUUGAUCCAAGCGAGCCUCGCUCACACAUUGCCGGGUGGAAGGUGGACAUCGAACCGAACGGAAUCCCUCACCGCAGAUCUCGCAUGUGCGUACUCAACAACCCCGUCGUUUCGGGAUCUCGAAAGAGACCCGAACGCCCGAAGUCUGCACCUCCAACAUUAGCGUACGAGUUUGACACAUUUUCGGAAGACAUCGAAGACGACAGACUCUCGUGCGCCACUCUGCCUAAUUUUCAUCAAGACUUCAACGGCCCUACCCGAAGUACCGAGGACUUAUCGAUACGUCUCAAAGAUCUUAUCGUCGAUGCUCAACCUCCAGACUACCCAAACGACGACAGCUCAUUCGGUUACGAUCCUAGUGAUGACACAUCGGAAACUUCUUCGGCGUUUUACCAGGACCAAGGCUCCUACAGAAAGCGCGAUCCCGCCAGAUUUAGCUACAGCCGUCCCAGGUUGCUUCGACUUGGUCCCGAUUUUCCUGGAGUCCGAAAUCUGGAAAAAAUGCGUCGAAAAAGACAAAGUAUGGGAUCAUCUUCAACUGGCUCUCUUUCUUCUUCCCCUUCGCCGUCUCGAGGCGAAUAUGGAUUUUUCGUGGCACUUACAUCGAAAGAUCAAAUACCACAACAAAAGCACGGCAGAUACUACUCCAUGACUUAAGAGGAAAGUGAUUUUAAGUUAUUGAUUUGAACAAAUUGUUCAAAACUGAAAAGAAUAUUACAGCGGCAAAAUUUUGUGCGCUCGAUGCGCAAGGCAUGCCGGGGCAGAAGGACUGAGACUUGAAGAACAAAAGUAGGGUUUUCCACCAUUUAACUUUAUCAGCACUUUUAAUUUCUAAAGAAUCAUCUAUAGAUUUUUUUUUAAAUGAUUAUUUUUUUCUUUUAUCUUUAUAGCAACAUUGUACUGUUUAACACACACACACUGACAUGCAUGCAACUUCAAUGUAACAAAAUGAAAAUCACUAGAGUAGGAUGCGUCACGGACGUUACCGAUCAGUAUCCUCUCGGAGACCGAGAAUUUCAGCGAAGCUUUGUGAUCAUGCAUGAACAAGAUAUGUCUUGGGAGGCAGAAGCCGAGACUGUUUUAUCGUGACUCGUACAAAUAACAUAGGCGUCAGGAUUCUAUCGAACGUAAUUUAUUUUAGUUAUUGAACUGGUUUAAGAUGUAAAUACAGAUUUGGGCCUCGAACUCAGUGCUUAAAAAGCUGUUACAGUAUUGCACAUCACAUUGUUCAUUGUUGCUCAAGUAUAUUCUUUCAAUUAAUGCAUGAUUAAAUUUCUCAUUGUCGAAGUCUUUUCAAAGUGUACUCGGUGUAGACUUAUAAAUCCUAAACUGUUCUUGUAUUUAUUUUUAGGGUCCAGUCAUAAGUAAUAGCCUGGAUGGGGGCAGGGGCUUGGACUCUGUUGGCGACGACUAAUUCCC